CUGAAUAACGCCCACUUUUCUCUCUUUUAGCCGUAAUCGUUUCUUGGCAAUAUGGCCGGCGUUAUCAAGAAGGCUACCGGGCUGACUGGUUUGCAUGUGGCCAAAAACCCACACCACACGCUGACGGCGUUGUACAACAAGAUUCUGCGUGCCGUCUCCAAGAUGCCACAGGAUGCUGCCUAUCGACGAUACACCGAGCAAAUUGUGUCGGAGCGUGCUAAGAUCGUUGCUACGACACCAAACCUGCUUGAAAUCGAGCAGAAGAUCAACUGCGGUCAGGUUGAAGAGUUGAUAGUACAGGCAGAAAACGAACUAACACUCGCGCGCAAGAUGCUCGGCUGGAAGCCAUGGGAACCGUUGGCUAAGCAAGCACCAGCAAGCCAGUGGGCCUGGCCACCAGCCAACCUGCCCGAAUUGAAGUGAAAAGCGUCCUUCA